GCGCCUCACAUUAGAAUUACUGCACUGGCCAGAAUAAGUUGGAUCUCUUCUUCUCUUCAGUGAAACCCUAAAUCAUAUCAAAAGCUAAAGGGAUGUGGAGAGUCCGGAAAAAGGGCUACUUUGGAAUUUGGACAUUCCUUUUAAUAGUAGCUGUGGUCUGUGCACAGAGUGCCAAUGACCCUAGCAAUAUGUCACUGGUUAAAGAGACGGUGGAUAGACUGCUGAAAGGCUAUGACAUUCGUCUAAGGCCAGAUUUUGGAGGUCCUCCUGUGGCUGUGGGCAUGAAUAUAGACAUAGCCAGCAUAGAUAUGGUAUCAGAAGUCAAUAUGGACUAUACCCUGACAAUGUACUUUCAGCAAGCUUGGCGAGAUAAGAGGCUGUCAUAUAAUGUAAUACCUUUAAAUCUCACGUUGGACAAUAGAGUAGCUGAUCAGCUCUGGGUGCCUGACACAUACUUCCUGAACGACAAGAAGUCAUUUGUGCACGGGGUGACUGUCAAGAAUAGGAUGAUUCGUCUGCAUCCUGAUGGGACUGUCCUUUAUGGCCUCAGAAUUACAACCACAGCUGCUUGCAUGAUGGACCUGCGCAGAUAUCCUCUGGAUGAACAGAACUGCACCCUGGAGAUUGAGAGUUAUGGCUAUACGACUGAUGACAUUGAAUUUUACUGGCGUGGAGAUGAUAAUGCAGUGACAGGAGUGACAAAGAUAGAAUUGCCACAGUUCUCUAUUGUUGAUUACAAACUGAUUACCAAGAAGGUUGUUUUCUCCACAGGCUCUUACCCCAGACUGUCCCUCAGCUUCAAGCUUAAGAGAAACAUCGGAUACUUCAUCUUGCAGACCUAUAUGCCCUCCAUUCUGAUUACUAUUCUCUCAUGGGUUUCCUUCUGGAUUAACUAUGAUGCCUCAGCAGCACGAGUAGCUUUAGGAAUUACCACGGUACUCACAAUGACAACCAUCAAUACUCAUCUUCGAGAAACUCUCCCCAAAAUUCCUUAUGUGAAAGCCAUUGACAUGUAUCUUAUGGGGUGUUUUGUCUUUGUGUUCAUGGCACUGCUGGAGUAUGCACUGGUCAACUACAUCUUCUUUGGUAGGGGACCCCAACGUCAAAAGAAAGCAGCUGAAAAAGCUGCCAAUGCCAACAAUGAGAAGUUGCGCAUGGAUGUCAACAAGAUUUUUUAUAAAGAUAUUAAACAAAAUGGGACCCAAUAUCGAUCUCUCUGGGACCCUACUGGAAACCUCUCCCCAACUAGACGGACUACCAAUUACGAUUACUCUCUGUAUACGAUGGACCCCCAUGAAAACAUCUUAUUGAGCACCCUCGAAAUAAAAAAUGAAAUGGCCACCUCUGAGGCAGUAAUGGGACUGGGAGACCCAAGAAGCACCAUGUUGGCCUAUGACGCUUCAAGUAUCCAAUACCGGAAAGCUGGUUUGCCCAGACACAGCUUUGGCCGCAAUGCCCUGGAGCGACACGUGGCACAAAAGAAGAGCCGACUACGGAGGCGUGCCUCCCAGCUGAAAAUCACCAUCCCCGACUUGACUGAUGUAAAUGCCAUAGAUCGAUGGUCACGUAUAUUCUUUCCUGUUGUUUUUUCCUUCUUCAAUAUUGUCUAUUGGCUUUAUUAUGUGAACUAAAAAGUAGCAUCUCAUGGGAACAAAAGACUGGAUUUCUCUUCAAACUGGUUGUACAGCCAAAAGUGGGACUUGGAAAAAAUCUUUUCAGGAAAAAAAAUUAUUUUAAAACACCUUAGUUGCUGGCCUAUUCUAUGGUUCAUUUCAUACCAUUUGGAUUGCUUCUGCUAAACACUUCUUUAUGCUACAAUCUAUGUAUUUUUUUUCCCAGUUAAAAUAGAAGUGUAUUUGGUGCGUGAUGGCCAAAUUCGGUUCUGACAUGCCGUUUCCAUUUUAUAUGCUUAGGAUUCACUCAACCUAUACAAGUGGGAAAGUAUUGAGGAAAUAGUCUUAAUGAGGUGUAAUAGCAAUGUGAAUCAUUUCCUUGUGUAAUGGGCAUGUCUAACUGUUCCACAGCUUGAUUUCUAAAGGAAAGAAAUAUGUCAAAUUGAUAUUAUGCUUAGAGAUCAUUCACAGUUCGCAGAGAAUACUCUCAACACAAGUUGAAAAUAGUACUAAAGAUCAUAAAGUGAUGUUAGAGUGGUAAUGAUGAUGAUGAUGGUGAUGAUGAUGAUGAUAAUGAUGACAAGUCACUAUUUCCCACCACCUUGCAAAGGUUUUGGUUAGUUCACUAAUAAAAAAUUGGCAUUUGACAUGCAGUGCCACCCUUGCAAGUAAUAAGAAGUCAGGGAAACUAAGGUUGCCUUCUCUAGCUCCAUUAAAUGUUGGCAAAGUACUACAGUUAGAAAACCCUGUGCUAAGAAAAAGGAGACUGGUGGUGGUAGUUGCUAUUGUUUUAAGUGUGAUGGGGGGAGCUGGAGAGGUUGGGCAUUUCAUAGGAAAACUAUUUCACAGUUCCCUACAGCAUUUGUUUGUACCCUGCCUUUUAUGUAAAAGGAGUGGGUUAGUCUUCAGAGAAUAGCAGAAAAACUAGAGAAAGAUUUUUAAAGAUAUAAAAGAUUUUUUAAAAAAUAUAUAAGCAGCCAAGCAUGUCUCUUAUCAGCUCUAUGCACCAUCAGGGUACAUAUGAACAAAGGGUAGUGACCAAUGAUGAACUGGGCAGGAUUUGUAUCCAACUUCAUAAGUUUAGGUGCAUUGUAUCUAUUGAUACUUUGAUGUGCAAACUAUUCAGAAGACAGAAAAGAAUGAGUAAGAUUAUGGGAAUCAAUAGUACCUGAGAUGUUUGACAAAGAAUUUGGCGUGAACCUUGCUUGUAUCAUGGCGUUCAGUUGACAAACAGGGUGGAUCCCCCCCCCAACCAAUGCUUAUUACUUCUGUGGAAUUUACCACAAUAUGUUUCCUGAAUUGAAUGGGAUGCUCUUAAAUGAAGUUCAUUGCUUUAGAAAGGUGAAGGGUCCUCUCAUGUCUUUGUUGCCUCUGAAAUCUGAUCACUGCUUCUUUUGAAAAAUUAAAGCUUUAUAUUAGUAAAUAAGUAUUGGGGGAUUCAGUAAAUUG